AUGUCAGACUCCGAGCUUGCAGCCAAGGAAGCCUACUUCAAAGAACACGAACUCAUGGAUACGUCCAACGAUGCACAAGACACCCUGGACAACAGCGCGAAUAAGCUCGAACAAGCACUAAGAGAAUCGAGAUCCACGAGACCCACAUCCCUCACAAGACAAACAAGUAACUUUCUCGGACUGACACCAAGAGAGGCGUUCGAAGCGCAUACAAGGAAACUACGCGAGACAGAGCGACAGGCGGGCCAUAAGCCGAUGCGCUCAUCUACGGCGCCCGAAUCAGAACGUAUCAGAGGCUCUCCAGCCACGAAACCACGCAGUAGGACAACGGUAACAUCUGCUGGUCCGAAAAUCAAGCUAAGAAGGGUAUUGUCCUCACCUGAGACAGCUGACAAAGAUUUUACACCGUUCUACAUUCGAGUAGGUGAUGUUCCCCGAGAGUGCGGGAACAAGAGGAACCCUAAACCAGCGAUCAACAUUCAGCUGGAUCCUGAGUACAAACAAUAUCUCAAGGGCAAAGUCGUAUAUUUCUACCCACCGAACGACGAUAUUCUCACAACUCGGAGACGUCGUAUACACAAAGUAAUACAACUUGGAGCUGCUUGGGUCAAAACAUGGAGAGAAGACAUCACACACGUCAUCGUGGAUGAUGACCAGUACACAUACAUGAGCUUGUUGAAACAUUUGAACAUGCCAGGACUCCCCAAGGAUAUUGUACUAGUCAAGUACGAACCAUAUGUACCGGAGUGUAUACAAUUCCGAGGGCUCCAAGACCCGAGCUGGCCACGGUUUGCUCCAAAAGGCGCGCCCAAUAGUAGAGGACUCAAACAGCCGACGCUGCAAUCAAAUGCUUCGGCCGCUUCGCAGACGCCGCUACAGGUCAAAUCGUCAACACGACAGACGACUGCAUGCUUGCAGAAUACUGAUUCACAUCCAGAAAAAGAAGAUGUCCCUGCUACCCAGAUCACUGCAGAUAUAGCUCCAUCUGGCUCUUUGGACGAAACUGUUAGAGAUAGUUUUGUCAUGCUAUCUUCGAGCGUCAAGAAAGCUACGCAACCAAAGGCUAUCGAUAAGUUCGACGAUGAUCUUUCUCGGGCUAUACUAGAAGCCAAAGCCACAUCACACUUGCUGCUGGAGGAGGACGAGGAUGUGGAGGACUCAGAUACAGACGAAGAGCCCGUGGCAACGACUCCCAAACUACCGAAUAAGUUUAAUUUCAUCUCGAAAGCAUCAGCCUUACGUGAAAAGAAGCCCUUCAACCAAAACGUAUUCCAGUAUAUGAAUCCGGGUGCUCAAGGCUAUACGUCCCCGAAUCCCAAUGCCCGAACCAUUGAGAUCUUGGGCCAGAUGUGCAAAUACUACGAGCAGACGCAGGACACAUGGCGGCCGAUAAGCUACCGCAAGUGCAUAACUACAUUGAAGAAGCAGACUACCAAGAUCAACACUGCGAAACAAGCUGCAGCACUUCCUGGUAUUGGUUUGCGACUGGCCGACAAGAUUGAAGAGAUUGUGCUCACCGAUCAUCUUCGCAGACUGGAAAGUACUCGAGAUGACCCUCUAGAUUCAGUUCUCCGAUUGUUUCUUGGUGUCUAUGGCGCUGGACUUGUUCAGGCUAAUAGAUGGAUCCAAGCGGGUUAUCGUACGCUCGACGAUCUUCGAAUCAAGGCGAGGCUUACCGAGAGCAACAAAGUCGGCGUAGAGCGUUAUGAUGACUUCAACUCUAGGAUACCACGCGCUGAGGUGGAAGCACACGGCGCCAUCCUCGUAAAAGAAUUGCAGAAGAUCGAUACCAAAUUCAAUGCUACCAUUAUGGGUAGUUAUCGCCGAGGCGCAGAAGACUCGGGCGAUAUCGAUGUGAUACUUACAAAACCCGGUACUUCGCUUGCCGUCAUGCGGACAACGGUAUUCGAAGUCCUAGUCCCUCGUCUCUACAAGAUUGGAUUUUUGAAAGCAUCCCUAGCGACUUCUCGAUCCAACGACGCUACAGGGUCAAAGUGGCAUGGAGCUUCUUGUCUCCCGACCUCAGAGGUCUGGCGCAGGAUGGACUUUCUCCUUGUACCGGAAGAGGAAAUGGGAGCUGCGCUGAUAUACUUCACUGGCAAUGACAUUUUCAAUCGCAGCAUCCGACUGCUGGCACGCAAGAAGAAUAUGAGGUUGAAUCAAAGGGGGUUGUACAAGGACGUUCAUCGAGGGAGAAGGGGUGAGAAGCUGAACGAGGGUGUCUUAGUAGAGGCUAGGAGCGAGAAAAAGAUUUUCGAGGUGCUGGGUGUACCUUGGAGGGAGCCGUAUGAGCGAAUCUGCUAG